AUGAGGUGGUUGAAGGUGGUUUUAGUGGUGUGCUCUCUCACAUCGAGCUCGAAUGCACGACGACCGAUCGUGAUAACCGUGGUGGCCAGCGAACUUCAGGAACAGUAUGCGACAGCAGCCCAGAUGGCUUUGGCUCGCUUUCAGCUGAACGCUUCCGACGUUCAGAUUAACAUUGUGGAUUCAAAAUGCGAUUACACAAAAGCAGUGGCACCUCUGAUUCUUCGGAGGGACACGAUAGACGUGCUCGUAGUAGAACCGAAGUGUCGAGAGGUCGCUUGCAAAGUGGCCGACUUCGCCUCCGAAUGGCAAGUUCCCGUUGUGUCGCCGAUUCCGCUGAAAAGAACGGAGCGAAAGCGAUCCCUGAUCUUGCUGAGCAUCGAGUACAAAACCUAUGGACUAUUGCUGCAGAAACUAUUCGACCACUUCAGAUGGAAUAGAGCCGCCUUCCUAACUAGCCCGCUGGACCCGGAGUGCCCCUCGGCCGUGACCGAGGUCUACAAUCUAUUGAUGCGGUCGAAUAACUCAAUAUCGCACUAUAUCUACGAGGAAAGACUCAAGCCUCCAGAUUAUAAGGAGAUUUUGUUGAAAACGGCGUACUAUGCCAAAAUCGUGAUAACUUGCUUGACCGAGCCCGAGCUGCGUCGCUUGUUGAAGGCAUCCGAGGAUCUGGGGUAUUCAGACACCGGUCGAAUGUACUUCAUAAACAUCCAACUCCCCGGCAAACACUUUUCUGAGCAUCUCCCGCAUUCCCAAAACUUAUUGAAUAUUCGCAUUAAACCGAUGCCACGAGGACAGAUCAUCCGAGAACAAAUCAAGAAAAGAGUAGAAUUCCUUAGCGAAGCGAACUAUACCAAGUUGAUCCAGGUCUACGAUGCCGUGUUCCUGUAUGCUUCCGUGCUAGUCGAGCACCGCGACGAUCCCAACACGCCGAGAGACAUGCUAGAGCGGCUGCUGAAGAAGUCUUCCUUCAAUUCGGGCACCACAGAAGAGGUUCCUCUGUCGCAUGGGCGACCCCAGUUAGAGCUCCAGGUUGUCGCCUACGAAGCGACCGUUCCAAAAGUAGUUUUCGUAUUGGGUGGCGACACGGGUGACAGAUUGGUGCAAGUGCGGCAGGUGAAUUGGAUCGAGGGUCACGCUCCCGACGACCAACCUUGGGGCGAUCCCGAUCUUCCACAGAUGGCCAUCGUUUUCGCCGCAUUAGGAGCGUUCAUCAUCGUCCUCGUCGUAGCAUUUCUGCUCAUCCACAGGUGGAUAAAAGCCAACUCGAUCGUGACUGGACUCCCAGACGAAGACAACGUGGAAGACGCUCCGAAAGACGUCUCGCAGGAGAACCAAAACCGCACCUAUCGAUCCACAAGCCCAUCGCAUGUUCGUUAUACAUUAUUGAACCCUCGCGACCUCGCGAUUCCAGACGAGAGAUCCGCCCGGUAG